CCUCUUGUGUUUUACGGAAGUUACACCCCAAAUUGCAAAAUGGAUGCGCGUGACGCGUACAAAAAAAUUGUGUAAAAAAACCCAACUCUGUCGUGGACGUUUAAAACACUUUGAGUUUUGAGAAAGUUUAUAUUUUAAAGUCUGAAUUCGCAAACCAAAGGGCACAGUCAUGAGUGUCAGUACCUUAAAGUGCCCAGGGGGUCACACUCUGGUCCCCUGGCGUUCCACAGGCGAACGAGCCACCGCCCGCUGUCCCAUAUGCCUGGCGCACCCGAUCAAGGAAGUGUUCUUCGAGCCAGACCAGCGCUCGCAGGAGAAAUUCAUGACCAAGCUUUUGUUCAGCGUGACCCGGAGCAAUUGCCUGGAGUCCCUGGACUUUGAGGCGAUGUCUCACGCCUUGACCAAGGACAAGGAGUGGAGGAGCAAGCAGCUGGAGAUCAUGAGGGGGAUACAGAAGGCUCUCAUGAUGGCCAAGUUUCAACACAAGGUUACGUUUUUCAAGAAGCUUACUCAAGACAGAAUUCCUGUACCACUUGAAGAACAACGAACUGUUGAAUGGCGACCCUUUGUAAACCUAUUAAUUGAAGUCGGCAUAUUGGACAUCAUUAUUCUGCUGUUGAAGCUUCGCGUGCCUAAUCCAACAGAUGAGACGGACAGUCUGGGCGAUCCUUGGCAGGCUAUCUAUUAUUUCUGUCUGGACAUCAUGGCCAACAUCAUGCUGUCCAGCCACUGGGAGAACCCCAAGGCUAAGAAGUUCCUCCACAAGAUCGCCAAGAGCGAGUUUGUGGAUGUGGCUAUGGCCUUUGUUGAUGAACCGAAGCAUUUUCUAGCCAUGGUCAUGUCCGUCUACGACCUGUGCCACGUCUUUGAGGAGCACGCUAUCGUGGGACUGCGGCUGGCCAAGUCCCCGCUCCUGGCCAAGCUGGGCAUCUACAUCCACAAGGACAACAGCGUCCGCAUCAUGAACCGCUGGAUGAACCUGGGCGUCUUCAACUACGAGGUGGAGGUCAUGAUGGAGAACCAGGCCGGACUGCUGCCCAUGCGCAGCAUGUCGGCCUUUGACGUUAGCGAGCCCAUGGAGUACAGUGAUGACGACAUUAAGGACGUGGGCAUACAGUUUGCCAGCUCUUUGCAGCAGAGCAGCCUGCAGACUGUGGGCUAUUUUGCCAAGGACAAACAAGUCAGAGCAGUUGUAACAAAGGACCAGAUUGUUGGAAAGGCAAUUGGUCGUUGGGUGCGCAUGCCGGUUCUGUCCCCCGAGAAUCGUUACAUGCUGGAAGCCUGCCUCAAAGUGUUGGCCGAUAUGGCCUACUUGGAGUCCUAUGCUUGGAAAUUACUGGACGAAUAUGACUUCUUGCCGCUCCUGGAGAACGGAGUUUUCUAUGCGGAAAAGGACGUGGUGUGGCACUACUUAGAAGUUGCCACUCGGAUCGGCAUGCACCGGGGGCAGCUACUGAAGAGAAUUGUGGAGAAUCCAAAGAUAAUGCGGUCAGCAGGCAUUCACAUGUACAGUCUGGAUGUCAACAUUAACAUCUAUGCCACGGCUCUUCUAGCGUUGGCCGUGGAUAAUCCCGGAGUGGAGUACAUCAUCAAGUACUUCGGCCCCAGACACUUCUACUAUUAUCCAGAUUAUUUUUUCAGUAAGACACCUAAAAUUGGUAUUAAAAUUGCCGAGCUCCAAACUGGAUGCAAGCGUUUUGGAAAAAGAGACUACGAUAAAGCGGAGAAGGAAUUCCGGAAGAUCCGGAACCUGACUCUGGACGCCACCAAAGCCACCAAACUGAAGGAGGAAGGCAACCAGAUGUACAAAAGCGGCCAGAUGCAGGAGGCCAUUAAGCUGUACACUCGGGCCCUCAGUGUCUGCCCGCCCACCAGACCUGAUAAAAACGCCCUCCGGAAGAAACUGGAAAUACUAGAAAUUAUGCCCAAUUGGUCUCCUCUACCAGCCACCUUAUUCAAUAACCGUGCACAGUGCUAUCUGAGCCUAGGGGAGUAUGAAUUAGCUGUGGAGGACUGCGACGAAGCCAUUGCACGGACUUUUGGAGGCUAUGAUCCUGAUGACCGUUCGCUGCCGGAUACUUUAAGGCUGAAGGCGAUGUUUCGUCGCUCCAAGGCCCUCUACGAAUUGGGACAAUACUUCAGAGCUGUCCAAGACGUUGGUGAAUGUCAGAUUAAUCAGCCAUCAGAGACAUUUAAAGCACAUCUUGAUAAGGUGAUGAUGCGUUUCCGAAGCAUUAUGGGAAUGGACCCCGUCCAACGUUGCGACGAGUGCCGACAAACUAACGGUUUCAAGUUGAAGCGAUGCGCAAAUUGCAUGGCCAUUUAUUGCACCAAGAAGUGUCAGGAAGUGGCGUGGGUCAAGCGACACAAGGUCAAUUGCCAAGAAUAUCAAGCAGAGAAGGAAGCCAAGAAGAAAGAAGCCUUGACCAACGGUGUGGCUACGGCUAGACCUAAUGGCAACAUGGACCUGGACUAGACACGGCCUCAGUCAUAGCCGUACAGACCACGAUCCCAUGCCAGAGCACUUAAGCUCUACAGACUAUUCCUCAACUUUCCCAUAUCAAGAAAUAUAAAAUUCGGCUUUUAAACACAUCACACACUUAUUGCCGUGCAUAAAUUGCAUUAAACUUUUUUUCUAGGACUAUUUGGGGGACAAUUGAUAAGUUUUCGAGGAUAUGUGUGCAAACUAUAUUUCAAGAAGUACAUGUAUAAUAUUUUAAAACAAAAGUGUGGAGUACGUGUACGUUACCUUUUAAGCACAGUGAAGGAAAGGCUGUGAUUUUGCAUAGAUAACAGGAUUUCACGUGAUUACAGUUGAUAUUUUUGUAAACUAAAUUUGAUUUGAUAUUGAUUCUGUAAAGAAAAGACAAUAUUGUGAUUUCACCAAACGAGUGUUAACUCAGAAUGAACUGAUACAUGGUUGUUUCUCAAAAUGAUCUUUGUUAUUAAAGGAAAACUGAAUUGCUCUGAAAUAGAAGUUUGAUGUACACAUGUAUCAGGCAGAUCAGUUAGUUCGUAUAAGUGGAGAAGAGACUGAUUUCAGCUUGUGUGGCUUUUCAUUGCAUUGUACAUUGCUGUGUGUAUCACUGAAAUGUUAACAUGUACAAAAGUAUGAAAAAGUAACCACCAGGCAUGCAACUUUUCCUCGGAUCUGCUGAUUUCCUCGUUUUUUACUUCUCAUGAAUGCCAUUACAAAUUGAAAAACACUGUACAAAGUCUUUUGUGGUAAGGAAUUUCCUCGUUUUUUCUAAAUAUUCAGUUGCAUGCCUGAGUAACAUUUAAGAUUUUUUUUAAAAAAGGGUUAGCAUGAACUUCUCCAGUAACCCUCCUUUGCAAACAAACAUUCUGUGCCAAGUAGUCCGUUCAGUUAAAAUCAAUCAAGUGACUGUUUUCAACAGUUCAGAAUUCCCAGCCUACAUGAAGCAGGAUUGACUGGCCGUGACUGUUUAUGUAACUCGAUACAGCUUUGCUUUGGCUGUUAGUGAUUGAUAAGCAAGCUGUGCCCACAACUUGCCUGCUUUGUCUGUCCAUGGUCUGCUGACUGAGUUUGGCUAGACACAGUGCUUGCUUGACAUUUGAUCUGACUGCUGGUGACUAGCCUGUGUUAAAAGUAUAGCAGGGGAAGUGGAUGGACAUUUUGACUGUCUGUGACUGUUUAAAUAGCAGGAAGGUUAAGGAAUGAGGGCACUCACUUGAACCAUCUGAAAUUCACAGAGUUAUUAGAAAAGUGUGGGAAAAAGCAGUUAAUGUUUGUACAUGUAUUUCUUUUUUGUUAUAUUUUUUUUCAUUUAGAAUGUAUCACCUUGUAUACGAGUUAGAAGUUGAAAAACAUGUUUUAUUCAGGUUUUAACCUUUCGCAGUGGCAGGUGAUGUUUAAUCUUCAAGCUUCCCGUGGUGGAUGUGGACACGUCAGUGCUUCCAGUUGGUUUUGUACACUCCCAUGUUCCGAACUUGAACGUGGCCGCUGUACAUGGGCCGUCUUCAUAAAAUAUGAAGUUAUGAAAUAUGAAGUGGUUAAAAUAAGGGUUUAACAACAAAUUGUUUUAUAUACUUAACACGCUUCAUUUGCAGUCUCUGUAUUAAGAAAGAAAAAAACCCUUAUGGUUUGAAUAGUUGCAAGGGACAAAUGUUUUUGAAGAUGGAGCCAGUAAUGUCAUGAAAAUUUUUAACCCUAACCGCCCUGAAUCCUCCCAAAUCCUUUUUGCAAAUUGGAGGAAUUUGCAGGAUUGAGGUUACAUGGCAAAGUGUUUUGCUGAUUUCGGAGUACGCAC